AUGCGCUCACCAAAAACGCAUGAAUCAGGGAAGGGUUCAGCUAACCCGUCCAACGCAGCGCCUGUCCUUGUCGUCACCUCUGCCUCGACCGACAUGCUGGGUGAGGCUUCAACGUCUUCGACGCCACCGCCACCAGUAUCAGCAGCGACGACGGCGACGGCGACCUCGUCGCGGUCCACGUCUGGAACAAUGACGAGUCCUCGAGCUCACGCUACUGCGCAAUGCGCACACGAAGCAAGACGCACAAGUGCUUCGACCGCAACAAGCCGCCGUAGCAGCAGUGACGAAGCCUGUGAAGCCUGCGUGCUAGACAGGCCGUAUGUCGAGCGCAUCCGCUCCAUCUCGCACGUCUUCCUCGCCAUCCGACUCAUGUUCACUGACCCACAGCGUCGUCGAGCCCUCUUCACCAACUGGAUCCACGUGCCGCUUGGCAUCACGUCACUGCUUUUCCUCACAUGGCUCAUCAAGCAGGCGAUGGACCGCGCGCCUUUCCGAUUCCCCAGCCCCGUGCUCGCCAUGCUGCUGCUCUUUAUCAUGCUUCUCUCGCUCGACUACGUGUCGACGACCAAACCUGUGCGCGAGUUCGCCGCGCGUCGCGGGAUGGGCAAGGACGGGAAGCUGCUGCUGCAGCCCCUGCUUGUGGUGCUCGAGGCACCGUGUGACUUUUGUCUGCGUUACAUGUCGGUCAUGUUCACGCCGAGCUUCAUCCUUAUUCCGGCGCGCGAGGUUAUUAACGGUAGGGAGAUCGGCCUGAUCACGGGCUGGUUUGCUGCCUCGCAGCUGCUGGCGCUCAUCUUCCCCGUGUUGCUGCACAAGGCGAUCCGCUGGACCGUUGGUGCUGUUAGGCAACGUCGUCGUUCCAGGAAGGAUAAGCGGGAAGCCAAAACCAGACGCGCGGAUGAAACACGCCGUGCCAGUGUGGCAACCCUGGUGGCGGUCAUGUCCAACAUCAACGCUGUCCAGCCUUCAACCAGCGCCAAGGACAGUGAGAAGGGAGCACACAUCGUCGGGGGCGAAAAGCUCGGCAGUAUUGCCACGGGCUUGUCCGGGAUGACCGCCAUCGCCACUGCCCCGCUUACGCUCAACACGCGCGAAUCAGCAACCGCCGCAGGAUCGCUGCACGGGCAGCUGCGGAUCGAACGACAGGAUGCACAGCGCCAGCUCGAGCACGUGCAGCUCGAAACCGCCCGUCAACAGGGCGACCCCUACGCCACUUCGCACACUCGGCUUCCGGAGCACCAUCAUCAUUACCCGCUCUUCCCCUCGGCGCCCAACUCCCCGCGCCCGGCCUCGGUGCUGCACCACAACCACCGUCUACACCAGCAGCAGAACAGCGCAGGGUAUUUCGCCGCACGGGGGAGAGGCGGCGUGCAGGAGGACCGCCCCGUGCUUGGUCGCAGCCGUUCGUUGGCGCGCUCGUGGGUGGGGCGCGCCGCGGUUUCGCCAUCGCGCGCAUCCGUGCGUCCUCAGUCCGGCGGCGGUACGCGUGGCAAGGUGGCCACCAAAGGCAUGUUCGGCGCUGCAGUGGUGGGCCCCGGCAGCGGGCUGAAGAACCUAGCACUACAGGCGCGCCGUCCGCAGAGCGCGUCCGCUGCCUCAGAGUCUCAGGCCGGUGGUCGUUUUGAAGACCGAAAUGGUGCAGUGGAGGACGACGGGGUGUCGCCGACGUUUGACGAGUAUAUCUUCCGGGCGAGACAGGAUCUGCUCGAUCGCCGCCGGUCCAAAGCGGAGAGUGUGGAUCCACGAAGUGACGAGGGGCUCGAGACGCUGGUCAUGCCGACGCUGGUUCCGACAACACCAACGCGGUCGAGUCACGACGAAGCGCACGACUCGAAGCUCACCAAGGCUAUCAUGAUUGAUGACGACAUUGAAGCAGGACCGGCUUCACCCGAGCUUGCCGGUAGUGCGGAGAAGCCGUCGUCGACCAGCAAGGGUGUCGACGCUGACUUACCCGCUCAGAUCACCACCACAGAUGUGGGGUCACCAAAGGAGGAGGAGGAGGAGGAGCCCGAGAUGGACGCCGUCGACCGCCUAGUGGAAACGCUGUGGAACAGCAUCCCGUGGCUCGUCUUGGGCCUCACGCUUGUGGUGGGCAUCCCCGUGUUUUUCCUGCUCGACAUCUCGCUGCCGCUCUUCCUCGGCGUGAAUCUGGUGACGUUCCUCGCGAGCAUUACGCUGGUCCCCGCCAGGAUCCGGCGGUAUGCGCAUCCGAUCCUCACCACGUCUGUGGCCACCGUGCUGCUGCUCUGGGCACUCGGCGCGAUGCGCGGAUGGUCGCUGAAGCGCACUCUAGCAUCCUACUCGGUCGAUGCCAAGUACACAGUCCUGUGGUCGCUGCAGGGGUACACAGGGCCUGUGAUCGGCGCGGGCGAUGUGCUGUUCUCGACGCUGGAUGCGGGCAUUGUGUCGCUGGCGAUCCCCAUGUACCGGUACAGGUGGGAUCUGUGGGUGCACCUGGUCGACAUGCUCGUCGUGCUCCUGCCGUGCAGUAUGCUGAGUCUGUUCGUCUGGCCCACAGUUGCAAGCAGUAUCGGCAUCGCGCCCGAGAGAGCCUUGGCAUUCGCGAGCAGGUUCAUGUCAACCCCGCUCGCGAUCGAACUCUCGCUCACCAUCGGCGCCGACGAAAGCCUCACGGUCGUCCUCGUCGUCAUCACGGGCAUUUUGAUCUCGAUCUUCAAAGACCCCUUCUUCCGCCUGUUUGGCUUAAACCCGGACCAGGACGGCCCGCCCUCCUCCUCCUCCUCCUCUUCCGGCAGCAAUGCUGACAAGCACCAGACGAACACACGCGGGCAGGACUACCUCACCAUCGGCAUCGCUAUGGGCAGCACCGCCGGCGCCAUCGGCGCAUCGAGCCUCAUCUCGAAGCCCCGCUCCAUGGCCAUCGCCUCGCUCUCAUUCGUGCUGUUUGGCGCAAUCCUGCUCAUCUUCGCCGCCAUCCCCCCCAUCGUCGACACGCUCAGAACGCUCGCCAGUGCUCCGCUGCAGUUCACACCCGCCUCCUAG